UUGGACAGUUUACUUCUUUUGCCUCCUUUUCUUCUAUGAGUGACUAUUGAGCUUUACUCUUGUUAUAAUGAGACAACCUAUCGCCUUGAGCUAUUUACUCAUUCUACUGUUCUUUCCUUAUUUUAUCAAUUGCUACAAAGCAGUAACUAAUGAGUCACUAAAGCAUUUGGCAAAGCUUACAGAUCCUAACCGACUUUCUGUGAAUGGCAAUCUCAUGAAGCCCUUACUCGUGGAACGUGUGUCUGGCACACCUAGUAACGCAGCAAUACUACACCUAUGGGGAAUAAAUCAUUUGCCAACAUUAUCGUCACUCAGAACCCAGAUAAACCCUCUCGCCUUGUUAUGGCAGCCCAUUACGAUUCAAAAUAUGUGCCAGAUUUCGAAUUUAUUGGAGCAACCGAUAGCGCGAUUCCUUGUGGUCUUUUGAUGAAUAUUGCAGAAUCGAUUAACUACAUGUUGGCGGAUAAAUCAAUGAAUUAUAGACAGCCACAAAAGACACUUCAAUUUAUAUUUUUCGAUGGUGAAGAGGCAUUUGAGAGUUGGACAGCCACAGAUUCGAUCUACGGAGCAAGGCACUUAGCCCAUACUUGGGAAACAGCAAUGGUUCCUCAUCCUACCAAGACUUUAAAGAAUAGAUUAGACCAGAUUGAAGUAUUGGUAUUAUUAGACUUGCUUGGUACACCAAAUGUUCAGUUUCCCAACUUUUAUCGACCUACGAGUUGGCUUUUUGAUAGAUUGAUGAAUCUGGAGAGUCGACUUAGCAAUCAAUCAUUAUUGAGAACAAUUUCCACGACAACCAAUCAACCUUUGAUGUCUUUUUUUAAUCCUAAUUCCGUGCUAACUUAUAGAGGAGAAUCGAUAGGGGACGAUCACGUCCCCUUCCUAUCCCGAGGAGUUAAUGUUCUACAUUUGAUACCAUUCCCAUUUCCGCCUGUUUGGCAUAAUAUAGCAGAUAAUGCUGAUUGUAUAGAUCAAGCUGUGGUGGAGAAUUUAGCACUUCUGCUCCGCGCCUUUAUUGCGGAAUAUUUAGAGUUGGAUCCACUACCUCAUAACGAUUUAUAACCAUUUUUUUUCAAUUACGAACAUAGAAUAGAGAAUAAAAUAAACCCAACUACAUUAUAUACCUCUGUCAGCUUAAGAAAGAAUGCAUGUUUGCCAAAGAGGACGUUUUCCGUCAAAUGAGGUUUUAUCUUAAUGAAGGAGAAAAAUUAUUUAGAAAACUGCAAUCAUUUCAAAGGAAAACCAGAUAGUCUAUCCAUCCUUUUUGCUCGUUUUCAAAUACUAUUGAGAAGACAAUACUUUUUACAAGCUACGCAUUUUCUUUCAAAUAAGUUAAAGGGACUAUUAUUUCAAGAACAGUGUUCCCUCGUGUUGUUGUUCAAUGU